AUGGAAUUUGAAGAUCUUGUUGAUAUGGAAUGGGUCAAUGCCCAUACAACCAGCACACAUACCACACCGUACAUCAAAGAAGAACCGACUUAUACCGUGUUUUCAAGUCAGCAAGACUCGCCCAUAUCAACGGACAUGUAUCCACCCGUCCAUUUGUCGUUAUCCACCAUUGAUCAAAUCAAACGUCUCAUCGAAAUUGCGAGGCAGCACUUGGCUCUGCGUGAUCAACUUCAGUCACAAUGGCCCCAGGAUUCUUCCGUCAAACAGGAACCGACCUUGGCCGAAGAUAUGAUGUCUCUCGAAGCGUACGCUGAAUCGGACGGCAUCGACAUCAAACGACUGACACCCAAAGAACGCCGGCAACUACGAAACAAGAUCUCGGCUCGCAAUUUUAGAGUUCGUAGAAAGGAGUAUAUCACGGCGCUGGAAGCGCAAGUCGAUGAUCACAAGAAGCACGCUCAGCAACUUGGAAAUCAGUUGGAGAAACUGGAAGAAGAGAACAAACAAUUACGAUCGGAAGUUGAUACGUUGAAACGGCAGAAUCAACUCCUGCUGCAGAAAGCGACGCCUUCCUCGCCACGCAUGGCUUCGCCACUCCACAAAGAUCUCAGUGUGCGUGGGUCCAAACCAAGCGAAACCUACCGUCCCGAUUAUUCCAUCCUCGUCUCACACGUGGUCAUGCCUCACUGGGAUAUCGAUCAAAUUAUCCAACAAAAAACCAAGCCCGUUACUAUUCCCAGCGCAUCAGAUCAACAUAGCAUGAUGUGGUUGGCAGGCCACACCUUGGCAUGGUUGGUGCAACAUCAACAUCUUAUUCCCAAUCAAGCAUAUACCCCGUCCACUGAACCGAUACCAUCUGCCAUAGAGCAAUUAUACGACAAUUUGAUCCUCUCUUCUCUUCGUGCCAACAAUAACACCGCUUUUUGCUGGUAA